AUGGGAAGUAAAAACAGACGUGCUCCUCCAGUAAAAUCCACCGAAGUCAUCCCCAAAGAACCAUCAGAAAUCGAAACCCACCCCGGAAUGAUUCUAACAGGCAACAUCCUAACCAUUACCAUCGACUACUGCAGUCCAGAAACCCAAACCGAAUCCUCAAAAUCACAGUUCAUAGAAUCUCUCCUCAAAAUCCUCCCCGACUACGCCCCAUGGGCAAAAAUCAUCCAACUCAGCAUCCACACCGACAUCCCUUCCAAAGAAACCCCCAACAACAUCUACUUCACCCGCAUCAACGACAUGAAUUCCAUAGUAAAGCAAUUAAAUAAAUUCAAGAAACUUCAACAAGUUCGCGUUAGGACACUUGUUGAUCAAUACAAUUUUUCACAGAUGAAACUUGCGGCUGCGAUGUAUGGAUUGAGGCUAGGAUUGGUUUGGCGUUUUUCAGGGGUGGUGGGGCUUGGUGUUCUUUUCUGGAAAAGAAAACUUCGAGAUUAUGGAUCGGUGCAGUUUUGGGGAAUGGGUAGAUAUUUUUUCGUGUGUUGUGGGUAA